GAAAGAGACGUUAUUUGCAGAUACAAAACGUCUGCUGGUUGGUAGUUGUAAACAGAGAAAAGAAACGCCGAAAUAUACGUGGCACAUUUACGUCAUUAUAUCGUGUAACGUUCCAUUACUGGCUGUCAAAUUUGAUAAAUAUCAAAAUGGAUUUCUUUUCCAAUAUUCCAACUCAUAUGGACUACAAAGGGCAGGGUCGGUCUGAAAAACUCUCUAGAAUGAUCAUUACCCUCUUUGGGGUUGUUGGACUUGUUUGGGGAUACUACAUCCAACAGUUUUCCGCAACUGUCUAUGUGUUAGGAGCAGGAUUUCUACUUGCAUCAAUUUUAACCAUACCACCCUGGCCUAUGUACAGAAGGAAGCCACUGAACUGGCAGAAACCACGACCUUCACCGAGAGAAGAUGGAGCUGAAACACAAUCACCCAAGUCGAAGAAGAAGAAAUAGCUUUACUGUCUUUCCAUCACUACCAUUCCAUUGUCAAUUUAAGGUUUUCUGAUCACUAUUAAAUUUGAAGAUUCAGAUUUGCUUUUGAAAUUAUUCCACUUUUUUUGCAAUAAAGUUUGCUAUAACUA